ACUUCUUCAAAGAAGCAACAGUAUUACCAGAUCUGAAUACCACAGAUACAUCAGAACUGAGCUUCUUUCAAAAUAAACAUCAAGUGACUGCUGAGGUCUCCUACCACGAUAAUAAAUGCUACUCUGCAAUAAACAAAUGUCAGUGUGGCAUAAACAGCCUGACUACAGAUGGAAUCUGGAUUGGAUAAUGCAAUGAAGGACAGGGAUAAUAUCUUCCAUUUUGUGUUGUGCUUUUCAGAGGAAGUUAGAAACAAGAGGCAUGGAGUUUCAACAGAUAAAGAACCUCUUAUUCUUUCUUGUAUUUCUGUACCUACAAAUGCUGUUCCUCAAUGCUGCCCAUCGUCCUUCACCAGAUGUCUGUUCAACUCAUAUGAUCUUACCAGGCCCAAAAGGUGACCAGGGUGAAGAAGGUGACUGUGGUGAGCCUGGAAAAAUAGGCAAAGAAGGUCCACCAGGGAAAAAAGGAAUGACUGGUGAGCCUGGUCAGAAUGGAGAUAUUGGUAGAAUGGGUAAAAUUGGUCCAAUUGGCUUGAAGGGCAAUAAAGGAAACACUGGUUAUCCCGGACCUCCCGGCCGAAAAGGUGAACAAGGUAGUUUUUGUGACUGUGGAAGAUAUCGGAAAAUAGUUGGACAGAUGGACAUCAACAUUGCUCGCCUGAACAGCACGAUGCAUUUCAUAAAAAAUGUUAUAGCAGGUAUCAAAGAAACAGAAGAAAAAUUCUACCUGAUUGUGAAGGAAGGGAAGAAUUACAACGAUGCCCUGAUUCAUUGCCGGGACAGGGGAGGAUCACUGGCUAUGCCAAAGAAAGAAGAAACAAAUGCAUUGAUUGCUGCCUAUGUGAACAAGACUGGGCUAUCCCGAGUAUUCAUUGGGGUAAAUGACUUGCAAAAGGAAAGGCAAUUUAUGUACACUGACUAUACCCCUCUGCAGAACUACAGUAACUGGAGACCAGGGGAACCCAACAAUGCAUUUGGUGGUGAGGACUGUGUGGAAAUGGUAAGCAAUGGGGGCUGGAAUGAUGUGGAGUGUCACCUCAACAUAUACUUUGUCUGUGAAUUUAUAAAGAAGAAAUCAUGACCACCCUUCUCCAGAUACAUGUGUUACUGUUCUGUAUAACCUAAGAUAACAACCAGUUAUUAUAAAGCAGUGUAAUGGCUGUUUAGAUCCUUUGGUUUGUAAUUAUAAUGGAGCAAUAGCUAAAUAGUACAACAUAUACUGUAUAUCACAUAUUAAUUCAUCAAACCAUGUGCAACGUCUUUUAUCCAAAAGAAAAUAAUGGAGAAGCAUUUUGCUGAAAGAUAGGUUACAUUAGGGGUUGCCAACCUGCUGCCUGCGGGCCACAUUACACAUUCAUAAAAUAGUCACGUUAGGCAAGUUGGCAAUCUCCUGGUUAUAUUGCUGUUGUGAAUUUUGCUGUAACUAUAUUUUUGGCAUGUUUUAUAAAUUUAGUAAAGAAUGGUACU